CCAUCCUUUAACCUCUCCAUAUCCAAGUCGCAACGAACUUCCAAAAAUAUUCUCAACACUUGCACACACGCAAAGAUUCCAUGGGAGCGAAGCAUUCCUGCUUUUCCAACCACCGAGGCAGCCUCUCGCAGCAGCCACACCAGCCGGCGCCUGUCAGGGUCGUUGCCGCCGACGGAUCGCUGAAGGAGCUCCAUGCCAGCCCACGCGUCACCGUCUCCGACGUCCUCGGCGGCAGCGCCGCGUCCUUCUUCGUCUGCAACUCCGACGCGCUCUACUUCGAGAAGAGCCCCCCGGCGCUGGCAUCCGGGGAGGUACUACGGCCGGGGCACAUAUACUUCGUGCUCCCGGCGGCGUUGCUCGGGCGGCCGCUAUCCAGCGCCGACAUGGCCUCGCUUGCGGUGCGCGCGAGCUCGGCGAUCGCGGCCAAGAAGCCGCAGCGGAGGCGCUGGCGCCGCAGCGGCGGGAGGAAGAAGGUGCGCGUCAUGCCGGUGCGCGAGGAGGUGGAAGACGGCGAGGACGUUCUGCUCAACGAGAAGCUUAACGAGCGGACGCUCGGGGAGUUCGCGGUGUCGCCGAAGAGCCAAGAGAAGAUGGCCGCCGUGGCGGCGCGGUCGCGGCUGAAGGUGAAGCUGAAGCUGAAGCGCGCUCUGAGUAUCAUUCAAGAGGUUGCUGAGUGAAGCGUAUCUCAAGAAGAUACUGUAAAUACUAGUAGUAGUGUUUUCUAUUUUGUUUUUUGGUUUUGUUUGAAGCCAUAUUUUAGGUUUAAGCCCACAUAUUUAAUUGGUUUAGUAGAUUUAGGAUAGGUAGGACAUGUAUUCUGGCAAAGGGUAUGUGAAUAUGUCCCAUUGUGUAUGUGAUUCACUAGAAUACUAGUAGAUGCAAAACACUGAUUCUUGAGUUGUUAAGUUUUCA